GGCAUGUUUAUCGUCAGCUUCCCCUACACCGUGCUGCAGGGCGGCUACUGGGCUGUGGUUGCCAUGGUGCUGGUGGCCUACAUCUGCUGCCACACCGGAAACAUCCUCGUCGACUGCCUCUACGACCUUGACCCCAUGGGUCAAAGAGUCCGCGUGCGUUCCAGUUACGUGGACAUCGCAACGGCUGUGUGGGGAGCACGGUACGGUGCCAGAAUCGUCAGGUGUGCCCAGCUGAUCGAGCUGCUGAUGACGUGUAUUCUGUACGUGCUGCUGUGUGGCGACCUGAUCCAGGGGAGUUUCCCCAACACGCCCCUGACCUUGACCUCCUGGAUCCUCCUGUGCACGGCUCCCUUGCUGGCGUGUGCCUUCCUGACCUCGCUGGUCCGCGUGAGCACACUGAGCAUGUGGUGCACGGUGGCGCACAUGCUCAUCAACGCAAUUAUCUUGAUCUAUUGUUUCACCAAGGCUGACCAGUGGCGAUGGUCAGACGUGCAGGUGCGGAUAGACAUCUGGACAUUUCCCAUCUCACUGGGCAUCAUCGUCUUCUCGUACACGUCACAGAUCUUCCUCCCCUCCCUGGAGGGCAAGCUUCGCGACAGGUCAAAGUUCAAGUGUAUGAUGACGUGGACACACCUGACCGCUGCGGUCUUCAAAGCUCUAUUCAGCUACGUCGGUUUUCUGACCUGGGGUUUUGACACGCUAGAAGUGGUGACCAACAACCUGCCCUCAUUGAGUCUCAAGCUCAUCGUCAACAUCAUCCUCGUCUGCAAGGCCAUGCUCUCCUACCCGCUGCCCUACUACGCCUCUGUUGAGCUGCUGGAGGCGGCCUUCUUCAGGGGCGCGCCCCACACCUGCUGCCCGCCCUGCCUAGACGACCAGCACGUGCUGCGAUGGUGGGGCCUAAGUCUACGUCUGGGGCUGGUGCUGUUCACGUGCGCCAUGGCGAUCAUUGUCCCCCACUUCGCGCUGCUCAUGGGUCUGAUCGGCAGCUUCACGGGCACCAUGUUGUCCUUCGUCUGGCCCUGCUACUUCCACCUACGUCUGCGCUGGUUCGCCAUGUCCCGCCCAGCGAGGGCGCUGGACGUCUGCAUCAUCGUCCUUGGUCUUGCCUGUGGGGGAAUAGGAAUUUAUUACUCCGCGCAUGCGCUGACGAGAGCUUUCCGUGGCUUGCCGCCAUCGCCAGUUCACACCCUUAAGCUGCCGCUGAGUAAUUGA